AUGUCGUUGCACGGAAAGGUAGCCAUCGUCACCGGCGGUGCCAGAGGCAUCGGAGCAGGAAUUGUGCGCUGUCUCAGCAAGCAAGGAGCGAAGGUGGCUUUCAACUAUGUCUCCCCAUCUUCCAAGAGCGUCGCGGAUGCCCUCGUCAACGAGCUCCGCAACAACAAUGACGUCAUCGCUAUUCAAGCCGACAUGACAGACCCAACAUCGCCGAAGGCCAUCAUAGAUGCCACAGUCUCCGCAUUCCAAACAAAUAGAAUCGACAUUCUCGUCAACAACGCCGGCGCGGGUGAUAACCGCCCCCUGGAGGACGUCACCCAGGACAACUACACCCAACUAAUGGACAUCAACGUGCGCGCUGUGGUUUUCAUGACCCAAGCUAUCCUACCCUAUCUGCCUACUAGUGGAGGUCGAAUCAUCAACUUGUCCUCGAUCUCGGCUCGGGGCGGCUACGCUACGCAGUCCGUCUACGCGGCUACCAAAGCGGCCGUAGAGGGCCUUACGCGUGUCUGGGCCACCGAACUGGGACAUAAAUAUGGCGUUACUGUGAACGCGGUCAACCCCGGCCCUGUGGAUACAGAUAUGUAUCAGGCCGCGGGACCGGUUCAUCUGGCGCGCAUGGAGGAACAGAACAAGAAGGUUCCUGCUGGACAGAGGUGCGGGACUGUUCAGGAUAUCGGGGAUAUUGUUACGUUUUUGGCGGAGGAGAGAUCGAGAUGGGUCACCGGGGAUGUGAUUUGCGCUAAUGGAGGGAUGCUAUAUACUUGA